UAAAAGGACCAUUUUCUAAAGGACUCUUGUGUGUUAUACAGAGGAUCAUGCACUGGGGACCAUCCUGUAAGACUGUGUAGGAAGAAAAGGGCCUUUAAUCGAACAUAUCAUGACGGGGAAGCAGGGCGCCGUGCUGUCGGAAAGUUUAAAUUUAUCGGAGAAAACCUCUCUGGGCGCGAAUGGAGGGAGUAACAUCCACCAGCCGAAGAGCACCGCGACCAACCCGCCGUCCAGGUGCACCGGCUUUGGCAUCCAGGAGAUACUGGGGCUGAAUAAGGAGACGUCCGCGGCCCCCAGGAGCCAUCUGGAUUCGCUGCCGGCCGGGGCGCAUCUGAUCGCCGCCAGGUCCUUGCUGGGCCCCGCCGGUGUGAGUGUUGGGGUCGGGAUGGGAUUAAUCGGCCCUGGUGGAAUUCCGUCGUUUUACAGCCAGCCAGCGUUUUUGGAGACGGUGCUGUCGGACGCACAAGAUGUUCAACUGCAGCCAAACAGCAGGUCCGUGGGGCCGCUGGACACCAGCCAGUCUGCCAGCUCAGACUCAGAGGAUUUAUCUUCAAAUGAACGAAGACUCUCAAAGUCAUCAGUAAGUCAGAGCAAGAAACGGAAGAAAAGACGCCACCGGACCAUUUUCACUUCGUACCAGUUGGAGGAGCUGGAAAAGGCCUUUAAUGAAGCGCACUACCCGGAUGUUUACGCCCGAGAGAUGCUGGCCAUGAAAACAGAGCUGCCUGAGGACAGGAUACAGGUGUGGUUUCAGAACCGCAGAGCCAAGUGGAGGAAGAGGGAGAAAUGCUGGGGUCGUAGCACUGUGAUGGCUGAAUAUGGGCUUUAUGGAGCCAUGGUGAGGCAUUCAAUACCCCUGCCAGAGUCCAUCCUCAAGUCUGCCAAGGAUGGCAUCAUGGAGUCCUGUGCCCCCUGGCUGCUUGGGAUGCACAAAAAGUCCACGGAGGCAGCAGCCCCACCGUCAACAGGAAAGUGUGAUACAUCCCGGCAGCCAGGCUCUCAGAGGGCAGAAGAGGCUGAAGCGGAGGAGAAGAGGUCUGAAGGCAAGUCCACCAUUUCUAAAGAGGAACUGAGGGAGAACAGCAUUGCUGCACUCAGGGCCAAAGCACAGGAGCACAGUGCCAAAGUGCUGGGGACGGUUUCUCACGACAGACCGCUGGAGGCCAAACAGGAGAGACAGGCAGCCGAGGAGAAAACCAGCGAUCCCCUGAGCCCGGCAGAGGAGGAGAAAAGUCCGUAGAGACCGUCCCAUACCUGAGGACUGUUGCUCGUGUGAGUAAAUGCAGUGGCCUGGCUGCUUUCAGCAUGUGUAGGGACUUACCCAACAUAACUCACUGUCCGGCAGGUCUUCAUCCCCCUACAUUGACUUGUAUAAACUGGCCUGCUUCUGGACUUCUUUGAGAAGAAACUCAUCUGGCCGUCACUGGCUCUGCACAGAAGAUGCCAAUGCACUUUUUCUGAUUUACUUCCAAAUGUACAGCUGUUGUUGCUCAUGCACAGUAGAUGAGAUUCCACUCAGUGGGAGAAAACAUGUUAAUAUUGCUGUAUAUAGAUCCCACAACUAUAGACAGAGCCAGAUGAGUACAAUUUUGUUUUCCAUUCAGUGUAACAGUUAUAACGCAUUAAUUAGGACAACCAUUGACCGAUGAGCAGUCAGUGUCUGAAGGUCUACAUUUCAUUGUUGGCAUUCAUUUCAGUGUUUAUUGUACUAAAUGGUGACAUCUGAAAGAAGAACCAUCCCACUGACACUACUGUUUUGAGAGAAAGAAAGUAAUUGUUGUCCUAUACCCCGCUGUACAUAACUGAUAUAUUAACCUCUCUCACUGCGGCACAAUUUGAAACAUGUUUUCUUGUAGUCUUAAAAAAAAAUGUUUGUGAUUUCAUUUGGAAAUAUGUAUAACUCAAAAUA